ACAUGUCAUGACGUGUUGACUGUUAGCAGAAGGUUCCGCUGUUUCCGCCCGGAACUUCCUUGGAGCGACACCAGUGUACAGCAGCAGUCUGGCUAGAUUUGCUGCUAGCCACAGUGGAUCAGCUGAUAUUUCAGGGGCUGUUCGUAUAGAUGACCGCUUCACCUGCUCGUCAACUCAGCUCUCUGAAGAUGCACCGCUGAAGAAUGCGAUAGAUAUUACGUCUGCAGUGAGUUUGGAGACUCUUGUCAUCCCAGUUGUCAUGGAGAAGCCAUGGAGGUUAUGGGGGGCAUUGGAGGCGUGUUUGCUGACCAUGUGCACCUGGUCCUGGGCAGUCUGCCGUGUGUCCCUACUGGCCCUCAUUCUGACCUUCCACUUGUAUGGAGGCUUCAUCUUGCUGGGACUCAUCCUGGCCUCUGUGGCCGGCAUCCUGUACAAGUUCCAGGACAUUCUGCUCUACUUUCCCGACCAGCCUUCAUCCUCGCGUCUUUACGUUCCAAUGCCAACAGGAAUCCCCCAUGAGAAUGUGUACAUCCGCACCAAAGAUGGUGUGCGGCUGAACCUCAUUCUGCUCCGUUACACCGGCGAAAACCCCAUCUCUGCUCCCACCAUUUUAUAUUUCCACGGCAAUGCGGGGAACAUUGGCCAUCGCGUCCCGAACGCGCUGCUGAUGUUGGUCAAUCUGAAGGCCAAUGUGGUGCUGGUGGACUACAGAGGCUAUGGAAAGAGCGAAGGAGAACCUAGUGAAGAGGGACUGUACCAGGACGCCGAGGCCACCUUGGAUUAUGUCAUGACCCGGCCGGACAUCGACAAGACCAAGGUGGUACUAUUCGGCCGCUCAUUGGGUGGCGCGGUGGCCAUCCGUCUGGCAUCAUGCAACCCACAUCGAGUGGCUGCCAUCAUGGUGGAGAACACUUUCCUGAGCAUCCCACACAUGGCGGCCACACUGUUCUCUUUCUUCCCCAUGCGUUACCUACCGCUCUGGUGCUACAAGAACAAGUUUCUCUCCUAUAGACACGUGGCACUGUGCCAUAUGCCAUCUCUCUUCAUUUCGGGCUUAUCAGACCAACUCAUCCCUCCGGUGAUGAUGAAACAGCUGUACGAACUGUCGCCAUCUCGGACUAAACGCCUCGGCAUCUUUCCCGAGGGUACACACAAUGACACCUGGCAGUGCCAGGGUUAUUUUGCCACCCUAGAGCAGUUUAUGAAGGAGCUUCUUAAAAGCCAUGCCCGAGAAGAGACGGCCCAGGGGACGACCAACGUCACCAUAAUCUAGAACAUUAACUACUAUUGACUGCUUUAAAUCUGGAGCCUCUCAGAUAGAAUGUACAAUUUAUUCUCUCUUGCUAUUAUUAUUUCUCUUUUCCCAAACUUCAGAAGCUCUUUCUUUCCAUUGCUCACACACCAAUAAUUCAUUAGUUAGAUUUUCAUUUAUUUAAUAGAGAAGGCUGAAUUUUUUAAGACUUCAGAAUAUUUUAUAUUAAGUAUGAAUGCAUCUGCCUCAAGAAUUCAAUGCCCUCUCAGUCCUUUUCUUUAUUUGCUGACAAUGUUUGCCCUCAAAAGUAUACUUAAAUCCCUACUACCUGCAAAUUCAAUUGGAAAUAGUUAUUUGCCUAAACACAAUGGUUAGAACUACUUUCUGAGCUUGAACAGUUAAAUUUAGGCAUCAGUUUUUGGUUUAAAAUUCACAAGUAACAUCAUAAUGUCUGGGAUUAACAUUAAUUGAGAUGGUCACAUUUGUUCUACCACUUAGCCUAUAUUUCAUACAUAAAGUUGGUAACGGCAAGCUUGAAGUUGCUAAUAAAAUUUGACAUUCUCACAUUUAAAAUUUUGUUUUACUCAUGAAUGACAAACUACUACUCCAAAAACUCCUAAGACUACUGAAAUAAACAAUUCUAACAAACUAAAUAAGCUGAGAAGCUAUAUUCUUAUUUAUUUUGUUUAUAUUUAAUAUAUAUUCACACUUUUUUUAUUAAAUGGAACAGAGGGCUCAUUAAAAUAUUUUUGGCCUUUAAAAUUCUAGUGAAAAUGGGGGCAAUUGAUCCUAGUUCACUCAUCUUUGUCUAUGGCAUUUCAUGCAUACAAUCUUCUGUACCCGGCUGUAAUGUGUUGGAGCUUUAUCUUAUCACACUGCCUUCUUUUUUUACGGAAGGUUUAAAAUCCACUCAGGAAAUCGGCUCAUUGUGGUUUGGUCCCAUUUUAUGAAUUUGCAUAUGGAGCUGUGUGUGAGAAGUAUAGAUUUCUAUACUGAUUUUCAUGUGGGCUACAGUUCACUGUGAGCACUGUAUGAAAAUACCAACAAACACAACAAGCCUAAAUUAUGUUUACUCUAUCUCAGGCUUAGUGAUCUUCUGAAAGUUAGAGUGAAAUCGCACAUAGCAGCUGCUUGACAGUGUUCCAAGCACAGUCCAUUUGCACAACUUGUAAAUAAGGUCUUUCCUUUCUUUUAAUAAGGUCAAGUGCUUAACAUCAGAUCUUUACCAAUGACCCGUAUUGUUUGGAUCAUGUUGAAAAACCUGCCCAUUGGUGACUGUUGCACUGUGUCUCAUCAAUUUUCUUGCAUUUUCCUUUAAAAAGCAGAAACAUUCACAACAAUGUAAGGAUUUAUUGACACAAAAAUGAAAAUUGCUAUCAUUUGCUUACCAUUUAUGCCUUUCCAAACCUGUAUGACUUUUUCCAGUUUUUCCAGUAGAACAAAAAGGAGGAAUUUUGAAGAGUACAUUAGUCACCCUUUUCCAUGCAGUUGUAGGUAGAAGACUCAAAAGGACUCUUAAAAGUUGGUCAUAUGACUUGAAAUCACACAAUGAUAGACAGCUGAGAAGUUUUGCUGUUUACUAAAAACUCUUUUCCAGUGAGUUGACUCUGUCAGAAUUAUGAGAUCUUUGUUGCAUUCAGACGGUUCUCUCAUGAACUCAUGAUGAUUCAGUGAAGAACAAAUACAAUGUCAGUAUUUUCCUUCUAGAAGCUAUAAUAUUGUCUAUGGGAGAUUUGGAAUGUAGACCGGAAGUCAUCUUGAAAGAUUCUGUCCUCAUUCAUUGUAGUUGAAGAGCAGCCAGCACCUUCUUUGAAAUGUCUCCUUUCGUGUUCCACAGAAGACAGAAAAUCAUACCUGUUUGGAAGAGUAAAUGCUGGCAAAAUUAUUAUUAUUUUUUUUACAAUUUAAUGUAUCGAAUCAAGGGCAUGAGGUUUGUGUUUCUAUAGUCUCACAUUGAUGGUUGACUGUCAAGCACCCAUUAAAAGAGAACGGUGGACUUUGCAAACCUGGCCCAUUAUGUACUGUAUUGCAUGCUUUAGAUGCUCAGCACAUUUCGUUUAGCUCUGAUGCACUUUUACGCUCACGUCUGUUGUAAUGCGUGAAAACUGCCUGUGAAUUUUAAGAUGACAGAUUUCAAGGCAGAGUGAUCCUUUGUCAGUUUGCAUGCAGAUAUUGCUAUCUUCAAACCAGAGUUUAUGUCAGGCUUCCAAAGUCCACCUUUUGGGAUUUUACAGGCUCUUUUGGGCCCCGUUGUUCUCAAGAGAUUGUAUAGUAUAGCACAGCACAGCUGAGCUCUAGAUGUCUUCAGUUACGGCUAGUAUUAUUUAUGGUUACUAGUUAUGUAGUAAAACAGGACAGUUCUAAUUGAGUAAGAAGUGGAACCAGCCAAUGCAAGAGAAAAAGUUCCCAAGACGUCAGUUUUUGGAUGGUUUCAAUACAUUAGAUACUUUUGUACAUCUGUUUAUUGACCAUUUGAUUUGAAAAGAAAUAUUCCUAAUGGUCAUUAUUGAUCAUAUAGGCCUAAUUCAUAACUGCCUCUAAACCCUAUAGGAAAUAAUUUCAAAUGAAAAUGUUUUGCAAUGUGACAUUUAGUUGAACUCAAAAGUGAUGUGCCAUGAUACCUUAUUGAAUGUCUGUGUGAUUGAGUGUAAACCUAAAAUACUACUUAAAGAGUUUACUAACACACCAUUGGCAUGUUCUGGCCAUUCUCUGGGGCUAGUUUGUAUGUUGAAAUCUCAUUUCAUCUUGUUCAUAAACUGAAUAUAUGAAAUAAUAUAAAGUGCUGCUCAUGUUUUAUAUUUGCUCUUUACAGUAAAUAGCAGAGCAGAAAGAUUCAGUUCUGAAUGUGCAAGGAGGGUUUUCUUAUACUUUCAACAUUUGUGUUUUGAGCUCUGGGUUUUCUAUUUAAAUCAUUUGUUCAUGUACAUACAGUUGAAUCACACUUUCUAUUUUCUGUGUGGUGACAUGCAAUAAAGAAAUCAAACCCUUCUGAUAA